ACAAUGGUAACAUUACUAGACUCUGUUGCAAAUUACUACAAUGAUUUCUUCAUAGAACGUAGAGAUAGACGCAGUGAACACCUUCCCUUGGCCGGUUCACCCGUACUCAUCGUAGGCAUUGUUUUUGUUUACUUGUACUUCGUACUUCGAUAUGGACCUCGGCGUAUGGCAAACCGCAAACCGUAUAAUGUCCUACAUAUGAUAAAAUUUUAUAAUUUAUUUCAAGUGACUGCAAACGUUAUACUAUUUUUACGUAUUUGCUAUAACGUUUUUCUACUGUAUGAAAAAUUUUCUUUCCGUUGUCAACCAAUUGACUACUCCAAGUCCCGAGUAGGAAUGGAUGAAGUUUACUUCAGCUACGCUUAUUUCUUGCUAAAGUUAUUUGAUCUGGCAGACACGGUAUUUUUCGUGUUACGAAAGAAACAGUCCCAUGUUUCGUUUUUGCACGUGUAUCAUCACUCUUUUAUGGUAUUAACGACAUACUGUGCCUUAAUAUUCGUCCCGGGAGGCCACGUGCUACUGCUCGGUUUGUGGAACACGCUAGUGCAUGCAAUAAUGUAUUUUUACUAUUUUCUCACCUCACUGGGUGCACAAAAUAAUAGCAUCUGGUGGAAAAAGUAUCUUACUCGGUUGCAGCUGAUGCAGUUCGUGCACUUGGCAUUUCAUUUCGGUCGUCCUUUGUUUGGCGGAAAUUGCAACUUUCCUAUGUUUUGGUUGUGGUAUGGAUUUUUGCAAGCAAUUAUUGUGCUCGGUUUAUUUUUAGACUUUUAUAUCAAGACGUACAAACACCAAGACAAUAAUAAACUUACGGAAAAGCAAGUAUAA